AUGACGCUGCCAACUGAACUUCAGCGUCAAUGGCCUCGACUUGUUGUUGCCGCCCUCUCGCUGCACCCUCUCUUCUACUCUAUCCGCGGUGCCUUGCGGGUACAAACACCUCCUCCAGCUAUGACCCCUGAUGAUUACCACUACUUCGUCUUCGUCUAUGCCUUCAUCGUCGUGCCUUCAAUAGUCGACCUCCAUCGACUCUAUGUUGCCUACAGGCCCACAACCGGAGGGGCUCAGUUAUCGUUCAAAAUCUGGUCGAUCAGGACAGCUUUUAUUGCCCUCGUCUACAUCAUCGCAGGGUCAUACAUGUAUUUUGUUCCAGAGUUCGAGAAUCUCGUCAACAACGCCACCUUCGCAGCAGAGGUGUCAGAGAUACUUUCUCAGCAUAAUCAGUCAUUGCCAGUGUUGCUGCCAGAACAAGCUACACAGUCGAUGACCUCACCAACCCUCGUUGAGACGGUGUGGAAGGGCAUUGAGUCGUGGAUGCCUUCGGUGCUCAACAUUGUACUUGGGUUCGCAUUGUCGACAAUCCUGAACCAGAGGCGGCAACUAGAUCAUGAGCAGGAAGUUCGACAGGAAAAGCAGGGACACCACCUCCUCGCCGCGAGUAGCGAUCUCCCGGCGCCUAUUGCGUCAGCAUCGACUGUAGAGGGGUUCAAGACCGAGGCAGAGAUCCGUCGAUUGAGAUUGAGAGUGCCUACGUGGCCUCGUCUCAUUGUGGGCGUGUGGUUCUUGGUGGCGGCCUUCGACGGAAUCAGUGGAUAUUUGGCAUCGUUUCAAUCAGUGUGGGCCAAUUUAGAGAUGUCGUUCUAUAUCCUCCAGAGUCUCGCAGGACUAUACAUCCUCUACCGCAAGUCACUCGUCCUAACCCAACGACUUUUCUACUCGAUUUGCGUGACAACCCUGCACAUGUGCACUGUCUUCGGCACAAAAAUCUGGAACGUUAAUCAAACAGAUAUCGAACUUCCUAUGAAGACAUUCGGUGUUGGGGAAAUGGCGACUAUCAACGAACUCAAGUUUUUCCGUGGAAUGGUAUUUGUUAUAGUCCACGUCUUUUUCGCAGUUCGACUUUGGGUUGCUUGGCGAUUGGUUGCGGAUCUGAAAGCAAGGGAUGCAAGGGUUGCGAGGGCGAGGGAGCAGCAAGAGCUGCGGGAACGAGGUCUUGCGGAGAAGCAAACAGCCUUUUGA